AUGACCCGACCAGACGUCAUGCGCUGGUACGCCAAAACACGCUUCUAUCAUAUCGUCAACCUGACUGUUUGGCAACUGUAUCCCUGCACAAAAACCUUCAAUGCGAUCCAUCCACAAUAUAAGCCCACGGCCCUCCAGCUACAAUCGCAGUAUCCGAAGGUCAUAGAUUGGAUCCCCUUCCCGUCUAUACGAGACCGCCUGAUUAAGCUUCAUUCAGCAAAUCCGCAGAUUGACAGGAUAUUCUGCGAUGCUGUAAGCAGUUAUGUUGUGGAAACAUGGAUGUCAGAUCUAAUUGCGGGGGCACCGAUGAUCAAGGCCUAUGUCAGAAUCACCGAUCUCAUUCCAAAUAUCGACCAGUCGACUCCCAAUCAUGACAACAGGUCUCUGGCUGUCAGCCUUCCUGCGCCUGAUUUGGCAGCAUUAUUCUCGUCAUCUGACUACGCCCAGGCGACAUUCAAUCUGCUGAAUAUGGAUCGUGGAGUAUCCAACUACAAGAUCGAUCCAGCUUUCUUUGCAACUUAUCCGGAGCUAUAUGACCACUCGGCUAAGAUUAAUGCCGAGGGCAUCCCACUACGGCCGGAUUAUCAGCCUCGCCUGUCAUACCCUACUCCUCUCAAUAACCAGACUGUGCAGACGUAUCGGAACUUUAUUGACUUCUUUUAUGACUGGCCUUCAUGUGUGCAGAACAUCAGGUUGUAA